UGAGCACGCGCGCUCUGCUCCCUCUGCCUCUCCCCCUCUUCGGUCUGUCUUCCUCCCGCCCUCCCUCUUUCGCUUCAGUUUGUCGCUGACCCCGCAACCCCCUGCCCGGCAGCGGCAGCUCAGCCUGCGGUCCGCCUCCUUCACAGGCGCUGCCCAGGCUCCCGCUGCCCUGAACCAGACCCGACAUCCCCGCGUCCUGCCUGCCGAGCUGCCCGUGUCCAGCUACCUGGUCUGAGCAUCAGGUCCUAGUGCAAAAAGCCCUCUGCCACUUCAUCCUCUCUAGGCCUCAGUUUCUCCUGGGCCAGCGGCUGAAGAGCAGGACCACCCCCCACACACAACCUCGAGCUGAAAUAGUUACAGAUCUGCUAGUGGGCAGAAGACAGCUCACUGUGAUUCACCUCAAGGUGACAGUGGGAUCAGAAGCAGGGGGCCGCACAGCAACUCCAAUCCCAUCAGCAAGCACUACGAAGGGGAGGGCCCAGCCUCUGCCUCCCCACGGCUAUGGACUGACAACUGGUGCAUGCUAAGGGGCUGUCUCUCUCCAGAGCUGCAGAGAGUGUGGGUUUCACCAUGCUCGCACCAGGCAGUGGCCCAGAGCAGAGGAAUAAGCUUGUCCUGCAGUGGAGGCAGGUCUCCUGGAUCACCUGCUGGAUUGCCCUGUGUGCCGUGGAGGUGCUCCCCGCCUGCCCUUUCUCCUGCACCUGUGACAGCCGCACCUUGGAGGUGGACUGCAGUGGCCUGGGACUCACUGCUGUGCCUCCAGAUGUGCCCGUCGCCACCCAAAGCCUUCUGCUCCUGAACAAUAAACUGAGCGCCCUGCCAAGCUGGACUUUCGCUAACCUGUCCAACCUGCAGCGGCUGGACCUGUCCAACAACUUCCUGGACCAGCUACCUCGGUCCAUUUUCCAGGACCUGGUCAACCUGACAGAGCUGCAGCUGCGGAACAACAGCAUCAGGACCCUGGACAGGGAACUGCUCCAGCACGCCCCGCUGCUGCGCCACCUGGAUUUGUCUAUCAACGGCUUGGCCCAGCUGCCCCAGGGCCUUUUUGACGGACUCCUGGCUCUGCGGUCCUUGUCCCUUCGCUCCAACCGUCUGCAGAGCCUGGACCGGCUGACCUUUGAGCCCCUGGCGAGCCUGCAGCUGCUUCAGGUUGGGGAUAACCCAUGGGAGUGUGACUGUAACCUUCGAGAGUUCAAACACUGGCUGGAGUGGUUCUCCUACAGAGGGGGUCGCCUGGACCAACUUGCCUGCACCCUACCCAAGGAGCUACGGGGGAAGGACAUGCGUGCGGUCCCCAUGGAGAUGUUUAAUUACUGUUCCCAGCUAGAGGAUGAGAACAACUCUGCUGGUAUGGAUGCUCCAGGGCCACCCUGCACUAAGGCCAGCCCAGAGCCUGCAAAACCUAAGCCCGGGGUGGAGCCUGAGCCCGAGCCCAGCACUGCUUGUCCUCAGAAGCAGAGGUACCGGCCGGUGAGUGUGCGGCGAGCCAUCGGCACAGUGAUCAUCGCGGGUGUCGUGUGUGGUAUUGUCUGCAUCAUGAUGGUGGUGGCUGCUGCUUAUGGCUGCAUCUAUGCCUCCCUCAUGGCAAAAUACCACCGAGAGCUCAAGAAGCGCCAGCCGCUGAUGGGGGACCCCGAGGGUGAGCAUGAAGAUCAGAAACAGAUCUCUUCUGUGGCAUGAGAGCUGUCUGUCUGGCCCAGGUAGGACAGCAAGGAAACUCCAUGGGACUGCUACCAAAUGGCUGCCCUUCCCUCCAUCACAGGCCCUGCCUCAGCCUGACACUGGUACUGCCUGCCUCAGCUCCCUGGCCCUCGUCUGCCCUUCAGUAGAGCAGCCUCCCGGUCUCUUUCCACGUUUCUAGACACUUCCCCUGGCCAAAGGUUCCUGGGGAAGGCCCUCUCUGGGCCCCUGGUCUUUGGGACACCUGAGUGUCUGUGUAGGUUUCCGGCCACAGGGAAGAAAACCUACACCGGCCCCACGCUCUGCACAGAGCACGUCCCUCCUGCCCAGGGCCAGCACAGCUGGUGACCCUCCCUACCUCUUACUCAUUCCCACUUCAGUCUGCAUUAGGGCCUGAGAGGGAGGGACAGGGAGCCAGAGGUAGAUUUCUGUGACUCCUUUUGGAGACAGAAAGAUAUUCUUAGGUCCUUGUGGUGUGAAGCUCGUCCGGCUCGCAGCAGCUGGUGCCAACGUGCAAACACCCCCAGCCCUGUGAUCUGGGUCCAGUGCUUAGAGAAACCAAAGUGACUACAAUGUCUUCCUUGGGUGGAUGCCAUUCUGUCCCUUUAUCUGCUAUAGACUCCUCUGACUAUGUUCUCCGGGUUUACUCAUUUAUAUUUUUGUUUUAGUGUAGGGUUUUGAGACAGGGUCUUACUCUAUACAUUAGUUCACUGUCACAUACAGGGCACUGCUAUCACAGUCCCAUGGAUCAAAAUCACACACAUGCACAGUCACAUACACAGACACACACACAAAGAUACACACACAGAGGCACACACAUAGGCACAC